AUGUCCGUCCCGCCCGAAGAAGGCGACCCGCGGUGGUAUUACGAAAUCGUUUGGUACGAACUCUCCGCGACGGUUCCGACGUUUUACGCGGGGGCGGAGUACGUCACCAUACGCGAAGGUCUCGCCCUCGAUUUGACCGAGGCGGAGAUCGAGCAGAACAUCGACGACCUCACGCAGGGAGAGGCGAUCUUUUUCCCGUGCACGAACUUCAUCGGCGCCGUGUUUUGCGAAGAAAACGGAGUCUCGUUUUGA